UAAACGCAAGAAUAUCCUUGGAGUAAUUGCCGCUUUCCGAUAACCGGCUCGGAUCGUUACUCUUUUUUACUCUACAUCGGGGUUGUGCGUCUGCACUGAACGGCUUCAAAAUUAACUACUCAAAGUACCACCACAACGCUAUGUCCUUAUCGGCCAUAGCAAAACCAAUACUCUACUCGUAUUGGCGCAGCUCGUGCUCCUGGCGCGUGCGCAUUGCGAUGAACCUGAAGGAGAUUCCCUAUGACAUCAAGCCGAUCAGCCUGAUCAAAUCCGGCGGCGAGCAGCACUGCAAUGAGUACCGCGAGGUGAAUCCCAUGGAGCAGGUCCCUGCCCUGCAGAUUGAUGGACACACCCUCAUCGAGUCGGUGGCCAUAAUGCACUACCUGGAGGAGACCCGUCCCCAGCGACCCCUCCUCCCGCAGGACGUCCACAAGCGGGCCAAGGUGCGCGAGAUCGUCGAGAUCAUCUGCUCGGGCAUCCAGCCGCUGCAGAACCUCAUCGUGCUCAUCCACGUGGGCGAGGAGAAGAAGAAGGAGUGGGCCCAGCACUGGAUCACACGUGGCUUCCGGGCGGUGGAGAAGGCACUGUCCACCUCCGCAGGGAAGUACUGCGUGGGCGACGAGAUCUCCAUGGCCGACUGCUGCCUCGUACCUCAGGUGUUCAACGCCCGAAGAUUCCACGUGGACUUGCGCCCCUACCCCAUCAUACUACGCAUCGACCGCGAACUGGAGAGCAACCCCGCCUUCCGGGCGGCCCACCCCUCCAAUCAACCGGACUGUCCGCCGGAGCUGCCCAACAAAUAGAAUUUUGCGACGCCAACUGCAAAGCGCCGGAAGACGAAGAAGUGAAUUGCAGUUCGUAAGCCAGGCACAGGACAAACUAAGAACUUAAAUCUGAUCGGUGGGCGAAGGGAUAGGAAAGAAGGAUUGAAAGGAUGGCGAGGACUCCAUUAAGCAGAAACAGUCGGAUGUGAUUUAAGAAAUUGCUAACAGCAUUUAAAUAUGCAUAAAUGCAUAAAAAUACUAUCUAUAACAAAACGAAAUUCCAACACGAAAUUCAAAUGCAAAAUUCUCAGAAACGGAACGAAAACUUAUAAUAAAUUUUUCAGAUUUCCCUAGUUUGUCAUUGUGAACAUGAUCUAAAAGAUGAACUCAUAUAUAUUAAAUGUAACUUAUUUUUAUGCAUUUUAUUUAGGAUAACAAAACAUAACAAAUUCAAGGAAAACUCAUGACGAAAGGCAAAAUUCAAUUCAGGGAUUUAGAAACAAAACCAAACACUAUCGAAGAUUUACAAAUAUAUUUGAUGUAUGUAUAAGUACUUCAUGUCAAAGUUGGCAAAUGCUAAACAAAUCGUUCACAAAGUACAAAACGUCAGUCAACCAAUAAGUAAACUAAACAAGCAUACAAACUAUACACUAAAUCGAAUAAAUCCUAAGUAACUUACAAGAACUAAGCAAACAGCUUCGAUUGAUGGUUCUAAUAUCGCAAUGCCUCUUAGAAACCACGAAAGCAUAACUAAUAACCAUGUAUUUCUCUCCAAUCAAUGCACAUAGACGAAUGACAAAGCCAACCAAUUAAGUGCACAGUAAUUUUAUUAGCAAGUUGAUGUAAAUUGGAUCGUGAGAGCCUCUUCACAACCCCUGUACGAGUAGAUGUAAGCCUGCCGAUGCCAAGUAACUACUUACUAUCCUGCAUGACAGUACAAUGCGCGAAUCGGAGGACGAACGCCGAUGGUCACAUCAUACCACUAUAUAUAGGACAGGAUGCGCAUUUUCGCAUUCCAAACGAAUACCAAAUUGAAUACAAACCAACUAAUAUGCAUAAUUUCCGAAAUAUUGUAACAGUUCCAAAUACUAUAAAUAAAUAAACUUCAAACUAAA